AUGGCACCUCAUUCGGUCAGCGACUGUUCGCAGAAUGGAGACCUGGCAAUAACCAGAAGCUCAUCAAUCUCGUCCAUUCAUCACCUCCCAGAAGACCGCGAGGAGACCACCGACGCGCGAAAAUCUUUCAACUAUACAUCCGAACCAUUAUUUAACGGUAAUACAACCUCACCGACUGCGAAGGAGUUGCACCAAAAAGAAUCGUUCGACUGGAAUGGAUCAUGGAUAUGGGAAAUCGGUGGAUCUGCCUUGGGAAUCAUCUCACUUGCGCUUCUUGUUGCAUUUCUUGCCAAGAUAGAUGGAACUGCCUACGAUCGCUGGCAAUACUCGAUUUCUCCCAACGCGGUCGUUUCCGUUAUCACCACCAUUGGCAAGGCGGCGAUCUUGGUUCCUGUUUCGGCGUGUCUAAGUCAACUGAAAUGGAAUCGAUAUCGUAGGGCCAAUCGUCUAUCCGACUUACAGGCUCUCGACGAAGCCAGCCGUGGGGCAUGGGGAUCAAUCGUUUUAUUUUGGUCGAUGAGGCCUAACUUGGCCACUGUGGGAGCAGUGUUGACUGUUCUCGCAGUCGCAAUCGACUCGUUCUCCCAGCAGAUCAUCGCCAUCCACUCGCGUAACGCUUUAGCUUUAAACGGGACGGCAUAUGUGCAAAUGGCCCGCGGGUACGAAUUAGACCCGGACGAACAAAAAUCCCCAACCAUGCAGAUUGCAGUGCUGAGUGGGCUGUUUCAAACCAAUGCGGCCUUGGACCCACACUGCGAUUCGGACUAUCACUGCGAGUAUCCCGAGUUCGUGACACUGGGCAUCUGCAGCAAGUGUGAGGAUGUCACUCGCGAAACCAAUCAAACCUGCAAGACAUCGCCAGAGACAGCUUCUCUUAACUACCUGGGCUCUGGCUGGGACAACAUGCGCACUAAUUGUACCUACGAAUCACCCAGUGGGUUCGUAGUUAAUCUUGCGGAUGUCAGUUUAUCAAUGAAUGAAGGGCGGACUCUGACUUAUCUGCAAGCGAAGUCGUCAAUUGUACCCAAUACGACCAUUACGAGCGUUGUUGGAAUUGAAAGCCCUCUUAUUUCAAUUCUGAGCUUGAUCGACAGAAGCAAAACCUACUACUCCCAUCAAAAUCAUACCGAUGCACCAAACAAACCCGAUAUCACAGAAUGCGCUGUAUAUUGGUGCGAGCAAGAAUUCCCAACUGCAAACACACGUUACGCAUACCAGCCUAGCAAGACUGAGCCUUUGAUUCCCGUCGACCCUGUGGUGACGCAGGGGUCGGUUAUUCGACACGACCAACCGUAUCUGGCUGCACCGUCGGGACUGCACACACUCUCUGAUAACUCAUCGUAUCCGAUCAAUUAUACAACCUACUCCACCUUGACUUCCGAUCUUUCCACCAUUCUCACAUCGGACUCGGAUUCUGCAACCGUCUUUGCAACGCAGAACCUCGCGACUCGAAACAUUACAGACAUUCUAUCUUCUCUUGCUACCAGUAUGACGGACGUCAUUCGGUCCGAUGAAGACACGAGCAUCACAGUUGCCGGCAAGGCCUAUUACUCACAAAACUUCAUUCAUGUUCGAUGGCCAUGGAUUAUUCUUCCCGUUUUGGUCGGAGUGAUGUCGACUGUGUUCCUCGCCAUUACCGCAGUUUCGAGUCGGAAAGCUGUUCUAUGGAAGACCUCCCUGCUGCCCUUGCUUAUUGGGCGGCUUGAGGUGCAACCGUGUCAUGCAUUAUCCGCAGUGGGGCGUGUAGACGAGUUGAGCCAGAAGUCUAAAAGACUACGAGUGUUUUUGGAGCAUGACCCAGGGCUGACAUUUGUUGAAGAUACGAGUUCAAAAAGAUAG